AUGUACGUACAAGUUGGGGACCUCGAGAUCUUCGUGACAAUCUAUGUGAAUUCAACGUUCGUCCGGAUGUCCCCCUUCAAGGGUCUCCAUUACGCGAUCUGGGGCUUUGAGAUGAGCAUCGUCUUGCUUAGCCUUGUUAUACAGAUAUUUUUUGCUACUGGCAUCUUCAUGGAACGGGUCGUGGCUUCAAAGCUACUUGAAAAAUAUGACAAACGGAAUUAUCCGUUCGUUGGCGCAUACCUAUUAACUUUUAACGUAUCGGCUUCCCUAUCUGGAGCUUUUACGAUGAUGCGAUACCUCUACACUGAUUACUAUCGCAUGUUGCUCUUCACAUUUCCCAUGAUGAUCCUGAUGACCGCUAUUGCAUUUACGAUCAUCUACGUUCUCUACUGCGUCAACGGGGCGUGCAACGUAGGAGUUGCCAUUUUCGGAGGAGUCGCGAUGAUUUUGCUUGACCAACAGGCAGAAACCACUCAACUUCUGUUGUCCCUCCUCGACCUCGUCGUCGUUUUG